AUGCACAUCGAGACUCAGUCCCUUUGGAUGACUGCCAAAGCCAAACUGGACAAGAUUGACCAGAAGCUUCUCGACUUUGAAAGCGACGAUGGUAUGAAGAGAACUCGGCAAAAUGAGCUUGAUAUAUUAGAGAGUCUCGAGCGAACUACUCGGGAAGCAUACAACACAUGCGUCCACAAGAGAUGGCAAAUCACGAUCCCAGGAAAAGGAAAGAAAAUUAUCAUUCGUGACCUCCUGAGCAAAGUCGCACACUGUAUCGAGCUAUUCAAAUCAGUGGGCGAUCAGGCUGUGCAGUAUGACCCGGGCCAUGCUGCCUUACCGUGGGCGGGAGCUCGAUUUUUAUUGCAGAUUGCUAUCAACGAUUUCAGCAAAUUUGAUUUCGUUGUACAGGGGGCCGAAAGAAUCGCCAGAAUGACGGCACGGUAUAGAAUCAUCGAGCAGAUUUACUCCCAAAAAGGUUCAGCUGCCUCGGAGCAGCUCGAGGAGGCCGUUGUGAGGGUAUAUGGCUCGAUCCUCAAAUACCUUGUUGAGGCCAAACGCUACUUUGAACAAGAAACAGGAGGUGAGCUCAUAUUGCCAAUUUGGACUGUAGCUGGGGAAAGCUCACAAUCUCUAGUACGAAUUUUGAAAAGUGGGCUUCUUGGACAAAAUGAUUUCCAAGAUCUUUUGGAGAAAAUGGAAGCGGAUGAGAAAUUGGUCGACAGAUGCGCAAGCUUGGUUCAAGCUGAGAUGGACAACGAUAUUGCCUCUCAUCUUGCGACUUUGUCAUUAGAGAUGGAGACAUUUCAAUCACUGCGAGAUACGCUCCGUCAAAUGGCAGAGCCAAUCUCACAGGUAUCCUUCCAAUUGAACAAGUUUGAGGAUCAUUUAGACAGUAUGCAGCGACGGCAGAUGUUGGACUGGUUGUCUACUCAACCGUAUCUUGAUCACCAUACCACGAUCAAAUCCAGAGUCCUGGAUAAAACGUGCCAAUGGGUUCUGCAACAUCCAAGUUUCACUGAAUGGAAAUGUGAAAGCACAAACUCGCUGCUUUGGCUUCAUGGUGCUCAGGGUGCUGGCAAAAGCUGCCUAGCAUCGGUGGUCAUUGACGAUGGAAUGGAUGUCUCCAGUCAUAGUGAAGACUUCGCUCACGCCUACUUUUAUUGUUCACGCAACACUGCCGAGCCCCAACGUGGGAAUGCACAGAGUAUUCUUGGGUGUAUUGCGCGUCAGCUUUCCAGCCCAUCUUCAAACCGACCCCUCGCUCCCCCAACACUUUCUCUUUACAGGAAAAUGCACCUGGCAGAUGGGUCCAUGAGAGCUCCCAGUCUGUGGGAAUGUCGUGAUUUAAUCGUAGAACUGACCGAAGCUCAUUCCCGGACGACAAUUGUGAUAGAUGCUCUGGAUGAGUGUGCCAGGGAGGAGCGAGCGGAACUUGUCGAGGCACUCGAGUACAUUAUCAAUAACUCCACUAGCCUCGUGAAGGCUUUUGUCACUUCGCGCGAGGAGGGUGACUUGAGGUUAUCUAUCCAGGCGCACUCCGGGGUUCAGGUGACGUGGGUAGAGAAUGGGCCCGAUAUCGAGAAAUUUGUGAAUUUUGAAACAGACAAACUUGUUGCAAAGAACCAGCUACUUGGCUCUAUCCGAGUCAAGGCGACAAAGGAGGAUUUGAAGACAUUGAUCAAGAAAGAUACCAUUUAUAAGGCUAAUGGGAUGUUCCGUUGGGCCCAAUUGCAGCUGCAGAGUCUUCGUUGGAUUCGGACAGAGAGGGACAUCAGAUUUGCUAUGUCGAGGAUCCCGCGUCCACUCAGCGAGCUAUACGAGGAUCUCUACAUAAAGGCACUCGAAAGCACCGAAGAGACAGAUCGGGCUUUGUUCCGAAACACGCUGAAAUGGAUGUUAUGCACGACGAGAGUUUUUGGUUGGGAAGACUUCUCCCUAGCUAUCACGGCCUUCGUGGAUAUUGAGGUAUACGAGAUUGAUGAAGACUUCAUCUUAGAUCUUCUCAGCAAUUUCGUGAUCUCUCAGACAACCCAAGACGGAAGCAGGACCUUCCGUUUCGCCCAUCUGUCAGUGCGAGAGUUUUUAGAAACGAAGCCCGAAUAUUCCAUGGAAUCUAGCAACACCUUUGCCGCCGAAGUAUGCUUGUUGAAAUUGCUCGGAGCUUCCGGGUCGCCCAGUGCAGACCAUUUUCUCAGCGGAUUGGGCCUCAGUGAUAAAGAUACCGUAACUUUGUCAGAGAUUGACUCUUACAGGAAAGGCAUACAUGACUACUCCUUGCGAAAUUGGAAUAUACACUGCGUGGGCGCAGGGGAAACGAAUCGAUCAGACGAGAAACUACACAUUUUCCAUCUCUUGCGCUAUUUUCUUUUUGAUGACUCGGAUUCGGACUGUCCACUGAAGUGUUGGGUACAUUCUCGCCAACGCCGCAAAAUGGAAGGCGUAUGUGGAGUGCAUCUUCUCCAGCUAUUGCAGAAUUACCAUCGGUCCCGGGACCGGGGAGUUUUGCUUUCCUGCGUCUUCGGCUUCAGUGAAGUUCUUCGCACCAAUCACUACCAUGAUCUCGAUGAUGAUGUCAAAGAAGCAUGUAUUCUGGCGGCCGUGACUCACUCCCAGUAUUAUAUCUGGGAGUAUUUGAUGGGAGAAACAAAGGGUCGAUUACUCCAAAAGCGCAUUUUGAAUGCACUAGUUGAAAACGACCAUAUCGAGCCGCUCAGAUUGUUCUUGACUCUCAUCGAGCCUGACCUGAUUACCGUCCCGGUCAUUCUGGAUACUGGCUGUAAAGAUAAGGAAAUCAUUGAGCUGUUGCUUGAUCAUAAUAAAAAUCUCCACAUCACGACGGAGCUCAUUGAAGAAUCCAUAACCUCUUACACGGCCAUUGAAGCAAUCCUCAGCCGAGCCCCCGACAUCUUAAUCACCUCUGAGAUACUCAGGAAUACUAUAGUCGACAUACCCAUUGAGCGGCUGAGAGAGAUCCUUGACAAGAAUGGUGGAUCAAUCAUUACAUGUGAAGUUAUCGCAGUGGCUACCUAUUACGGUUCUAGAGACGGUAUGCGAGCCAAAACAGAGCUUUUACUGGAACGCGCUGGGAAAGUCAAAGGGACCGAGAGAGCUAUGAUGCAAGCCGUUAGCUCUCAAGACAACUCUGAAGUGCUUGGGAUUCUUCUUAAUCACGGUUGGCCGGUAACAGAAAAGGUUAUGGUGAAAGCUGCAAGAUGGGGAAAAGUCGCUCCUUUCGAGGUUAUGCUUAAGGCUGGUGGCCCAAUUACGCCCAAAGUCAUUGUUGGCGGAGCGCGAAAUAUCAGGGAUGGGGCUCGAAUGGUCAAGCUACUUGUAUCCUUGAUGAAUCGAUCGUUAGAUGAUGAACUAUGGGUUCAAAUGAUGUUGCAAUGCGCUCAGAAUACAUGGGGGAAUCCCGAAACCCUUCAAGUGCUCCUUGAAAUAAAACCUGGUUUGAAGGUUGCAGAGGAGAUUUUGAUUGCUUGCACGGAAAAUUCUAUAAAAGGGAACAUCAUCCUGGAUGUCAUUCUGGAGGAUAACCGAGAGAUGCAAGUUACCGAUGCUGUGAUCGUACACGCAUUGAAACAGUUGGACUACGACGAAACCAUAUCGAAACUUCUCGACCGUCACGGCUCGACACAUAUUUCGAGCCAGAUGCUACUUGGUGCUGCUCAGAAUCGCCGAUUCGCAGAUGAAAUGACCAAGCUUUUAUUGCAGCGAACCGCAACGAUUGAAAAGCCAUCCUCGGUGGUUGUUGACGCAGUCAUCCGUAAUCAGUGUUCGGGUUAUAAAACACUCCAGAUUUUGGAGAGCCGUUUCGGACAGCUUGAUCUCUGCGAAACGAGUGUGCAAACUGCGGCCGAGUCAGGCAAUCACGCUAUGCUGACCUUGGUAUUGGACCGAUGCUCAACCACCGAGGCCACGCCACCUGUUCUGUUAGCCGCCGCGGCCAAGGGGAGCUUGGAGGUGAUGAAGCAUCUUUUGAAACUAAAUAACGCCGUUGUUACCCAAGACAUUCUGAUUGGGGCAUCAGGAAAUUCCGGUUGUAGCCUUGACAUGCUCAGGGUGCUUUGGAAGUUUGCCCCACACAUCGAAGUAUGCCCUCAGAUGUUUCUGAAUGCUGCAUAUGCGACGGAUGUUGAAUUCCCAGUUGUGCCAGGAUAUUCUAAAUGCAGUGAUGACAAAAAAGAGACACCAAAUGAUUGGCGUGAUUGGGUAUCUGUGUCUACACUAAAUCUCAUUCUCGAGAGUGAGUUUGAAGUUUCAGUGACCGAUGGACUUAUAGUCGGUGCCUUAAAAGCCGGCCGGGGAUGGGUUUUGAAGACUUUGUUUGCCCACCGAAAAGAUAUUGCAGUAUCACAGGAUAUGGUAGACACAGCAGUCGAGCGAGCAGUCGAGCAGGACGACUAUCGGCCCCUACAAGUGUUAGUCAAGUACGGGGACUCGUGUGGAUUGAACCUGCAUGAUGCACGACUUAUCCUCGCUAAUUUCCUAUGGGGUUUUAGCGAGGAGUGA